AUGCCCGCCCCCGCCGCGCCCCGCCGCCUGGCCGCCGCCGCCCCCGCCGGCAAGGCCAAGCUCACCCACCCCGGCAAGGCCAUCCUGGCAGGUGGCCUGGCCGGAGGGAUCGAGAUCUGCAUCACAUUCCCCACCGAGUAUGUGAAGACGCAGCUGCAGCUGGACGAGAAGGCAAACCCUCCCCGCUACAAGGGCAUCGGGGACUGUGUGAAGCAGACCGUGCGCGACCAUGGCAUCCGGGGGCUGUACCGGGGGCUCAGCUCGCUGGUGUAUGGCUCCAUCCCCAAGGCCGCCGUCAGGUUUGGGAUGUUCGAGUUCCUCAGCAACCAGAUGAGAGACGAAAAGGGGCGGCUGGACAGCACGCGGGGCCUCGUCUGCGGACUGGGCGCCGGCGUGGCCGAGGCUGUGGUGGUGGUCUGCCCCAUGGAGACCAUAAAGGUGAAGUUCAUCCAUGACCAGUGCUCCCCCAAGCCCAAAUACCGCGGCUUCUUCCAUGGCGUCCGGGAGAUCGUUCGGGAACAGGGACUGAAGGGGACCUACCAGGGAUUAACCGCGACUGUCCUCAAGCAAGGAUCGAACCAGGCCAUCCGCUUCUUUGUCAUGACCUCCCUCAAGAACUGGUACAAAGGGGACGAUCCCAACAAGGUCAUCAACCCCUUCGUCACGGGAGUGUUCGGAGCGCUCGCCGGAGCUGCGAGUGUCUUUGGCAACACCCCUUUGGAUGUGGUAAAGACCAGGAUGCAGGGGCUGGAAGCGCACAAGUACAAGAGCACCUGGGACUGCGCCUACCAGAUCAUGAAAUACGAAGGGCCCCUGGCGUUUUACAAGGGCACGGUGCCUCGCCUGGGCCGCGUCUGCCUCGAUGUGGCUAUCGUCUUCGUCAUCUACGACGAGGUGGUCAAGUUCCUCAACAAGGUGUGGAAAACGGACUGA